AUGCUUCCAGAGGGGUUCGAAAAACUCAUUAACUUGAGGCACUUUUACAUUCAGCAAUAUCGUCGUAGUCGUCCGCCGAAUCUUUUGCUUCCAAGGAUAGGGCAUUUGACUAAUCUUCAAACAUUGCCUUUCUUUUCGGUGAGCCAAGAAAAGGGAUGUCGAAUUGAAGAGUUGGAAUACUUGGACAAUCUUGGAGGUAAAUUAACAAUCUAUGGCCUUGAAAACGUGAACAGCUAUGAAUCUGCUUUGAAGGCAAAUUUGUCAAGGAAGUUUCGAGUCCAAAGUUUGGAACUCUACUGGGAAGGUCCAAACAAGAAUAGCAAUGAUAAAGAUGUGCUCGAGGGUCUCAAACCUCAUAGCAAUUUGAGAAGUCUAAAGAUUGUUGGUUUCCAAGGGUCAAGAUUCCCUCAGUGGAUGGUUCGACAAAAUCUACUGUCAUUGCAUAAUCUAGUGCAGCUUCAAUUGGAGCAUUUGGAUGAGCUUGAAGAUCUCCCUCCAACCAAGAGGUUCCCUAAACUAGAGAAACUACGUCUGCAUUGGCUUCCAAAGUUGGAAAGUGUACCAGAGGAUACGAGCAAUCUUACCUGUCUUCGGAGAUUGGAAAUUUCUUGUUGCCAUAGUUUGACAAGUUUACCAAAUCUGAAUAGCCUUGCAACUCUUCAGGAGCUGGAGAUGAUCGGUUGCCCUAAUUUGACCCAUCUAUGGGAGGAUUCCACAUGGCAAGAUGGCAUUCUAUCUCUUGAGAAUCUAUGCAUAAGCAAUUGCCCCAAUCUUGAAGCUAUUCCAGCCAUUCAGAAACUCCAAUCGCUGCGUAAACUGCAAAUUGAAAGUUGCGAGUCGUUGAAUUUAUCGUUAAAAAAUGUUGGGAAUUUUCAAUACCUCGAGUUCCUAGAUAUUUAUUCCGACCCUGCCACAUGGCCACAGGACAUCUAUGAAUUGACAAGCCUCACGACCUUGCAUCUUGGUGGCUUCUCCGAGAACAUUGAUUAUUUUCCUUGGCCCGACACCUUCUCGGGGCCUGUUGAUGGAAUAAAAGAACAUUGUGCCUCUUUAAGGUCCCUUCAAUUGUACGGGUGGCCAAUGAUCAAAUCUCUGCCUGGGCAAAUGCAGUACCUCUCCAAGUUGACUAAUUUAACAAUAAUCAGGUUUGAUGGGUUGGAGGCUCUUCCAGAGUGGCUGGGGAAAUUACAAUCUCUCCAAACGUUGGAGCUUUUUGCAUGCAAGAACCUGAAGUACUUACCUUCAACAGCGAUGGAAUGUCUUGCAGAUUUACACACUUUGAGAAUCAAUAGAUGUCCCCUUUUGAAGGAGAGAUACAGCAGAGGAACCGGCGAAGAGUGGCCCAAGAUAGCCCAUAUUCCUAAUAUUUAUCUCUAG